AACAAUCAUUACCGCCCUUUGCUACCUCAUAAACGGUGUGUGUCUUUCGAGCAGCGCGUCUUUGAAGAGCCUCAAAUACAAUUGGCAGAGGUUGGGUAUUUUCAGCCUUAAUUGGCCCCGAUUACGGAAUGCCAUACGUUGCAACUUUGAUAUAUUAGAGCUCCGCCAACUACCUUGCUACUGGCUCAUCCAUCGCCCAGACUUCCCCGGUAGGACGUUUAGAGGUUGAAGGAGCUCCACCAGCUAGCUUGAAAGAUGCGGGCAUUCAGAAAUUCUUUGGGGCUGAAGGGCCUCUGCUGGCUCAGCGCCGCGGUGACGACUGGGGUUUUCGGCGAACAGGUUAAGGUCGAAUUGAAAGCUGCGUUUAACUCUGCGCCAUACCUCGUGGAAUUGCUGGAAACCGCAGCAGAAGAAGUACCCGAUGCUUACUUUCCCCUCCUCGAUCGCAUCGCCGGAGGCUGGUUCGACGAAGCCAGAACGGACCAACAGUUACACGCGAUGUUCAUAGCGACGUUAGAAGCGGACGGACAUAUGCCAGAACCCGAGGAGAGAUCGUCUUAUCAACUUGCCCUGUCGGUGCGAUCAGCAGCACCGCGAAUCGAGGCACAUUACCAAUUCUACAACACAUCCGUCGAGCCAUCAAUACCGGCCGGACAGGGAAGCGGCUGCGAGACAUGGGUGGCAUUUAAGGGCAAACAAUACUGCGAUCCGGAAUUGGCGAAGGAACAUGGAAUCAUCAAGAGUGAACAUACGAAUGAGCUGCCGUUCGAUCGGAUCUCGGGCAACAGCUCACACGAGCUACCCUCGAUAUUAUACGCGGAUAUCACCUCGCCUUCUUUUGCAAAAUUUCACAAUGUUUUGAGGAAAACGGCUAAAGAAGGAAAGACAUCAUAUCGAAUCCGUCAUAAGCCGUCGACACGUGGAAAACAGAGGCCCCUGUUGGUGAAUGGGUAUGGAGUAGAGCUGCAAUUGAAGCGAACGGACUACAUUGUCAUUGACGAUCGUGACAAAGGCGACAAACCUACCGAGCAAAAGCGAGCCACCGCUGGACUGGACACUGAGCACGAAGUCGCGGAUCUGAAGCCCCUAUCGGCAUCCGAGGUCAACACACUUGGCCAAAAUGCUGCCGACUUUGUCUUGAAGAGCGACAAGCCGUUGAGCACCCUUCUGAAGUUGGUCCAGGACUUCCCUAAGCACUCUUCGUCAAUCGCCGCCCACGAGGUAUCCGAAGAGUUCUUGAAUGAACACAAGAACAACCGUCAACAGCUUUUGCCAUCGGGCAUGAACGUCAUGUGGAUCAAUGGUGUGCAAAUUCCCAACCGUGACAUCAAUCCCUUUGCCUUGUUGGAUCAUCUCCGUCGAGAGCGGAAACUUAUCAAUGGAAUACGCCGCCAGGGUCUUUCCGGACCCGAGGCCAUCAAUCUCCUUUCGAAUUCUGCAAUUUCAGAGAAUCAAGCAGAUGAUGAACCCCAGCGUUAUGACUUCAGGGAUGAAAUUGAAGGUGGUAAUGUCAUUAUCUGGUUGAAUGAUAUUGAGAAGGACAAGAGAUACGAGAGCUGGCCUACGGAUAUCACCGCACUUCUCCAGCGUACUUACCCCGGCCAACUACCUUCUGUCCGCAAGGAUAUCCACAACGUCAUCGUUCCAGUUGAUUUCUCCUCCAGCGACGACGUAAUCUCCGUAGUCGAUGUCAUCCAGAAUAUGGUCAAGCGUAAAGUGCCAAUUCGUUGGGGAUUGGCACCUAAAACCUCAAGUGCUGGAUCGGUGGGGCAGGCGAAGGUCGUCUACCAUCUGUCGGAGACGUACGGGCUUUCCGCAGUCAUGAAAUAUCUCGACUCCAUCAAGGAAAAUAAGAAGCUUGGGACUCCAGAGCAGGGGACCUUUGAUGCCGCCGUGAAGGAUGCAAAACUCCGCACCGAUCGUACCGCCCUCGCCCUUGCUGAAGUCUUGCAGGCCGAGUCUCUCAAAGCUCGUACUGAUGGUGCAAAGCAAUAUCUUACACGUCUCGCAGCAACUGGCUCAGACGCUCCUUUCUUCGUCAAUGGUGUGGCUCUAGCACAGGGUGACGACUGGUUGUCCACGUUGAGCCAGCGCAUUAGCAUGGAUCUCCGAAUGAUCCAACGAGGUGUGUUCGAGCAGGUUUUCACGGACGAUACCUGGCUGCCUCAGUACUUCCUUUUCAGUGCAGCGACGAAGAGAAACCCAUUGAUCAUUCCGGAGAAUGAGAAAAAUAUCAUCCUGGUCGACAUGGCCGAGUUCCAGCAAAAGUACCAAGAGAUAUUCGAGCAAUUGCCCACCAUUGCGGCUGCAGAUAGUUCUGUCAAGAAGAACCCGGCACACUUGACUGUCAUUGGCGACUUCGACUCCGAAUCAGGGCUCAACCUGCUUAAAUCUGCAGCUGAGUACCGAAAGGAGAACUAUAACGUCGAACUUGUUCUGAUCCACAAUCCUCAGGCUGGUGCUGAGCUAUCAAACGCAUCCGAAGACAUCCUCGAAAGCUGGAUCAAGUCUAACCACGAUCUGACUAUCAACCGGCUUCUUGAAAUUCUAGCUCAAGAGCCUACAUUUUCGCCAGUGGUCGGAAAUUCUACAUUGUUCUGGGAAUCAGCGAAGCCAAUAGUUUUGGAGGCUUUCGGACUAAAGUCAGGCCAAAGCGCUUUGCUGCUUAACGGCCGAUACGUUGGACCCAUUCCUGAGGGGCAAUCAUUCUCCAAGGACGAUGUCGACACCCUCGUUUCUUACGAAACUACUAAGCGCAUCGGACCUCUCAGCAACGCCCUUGAACAGCUGCAGAUCUCAGACAAGAUUGCCUUGCCCUUCGAUUUCGCGAAACUGCAGUCACUUGUCUCGCUCUCAACCAUCUCGGAUGUGCCAGAAGGAAUCUUCGAAACUGCAUCUACAGUAAGAACGAGCCGUUUCAAUGUCUGGAACGAUGCCCACACAGCCAUUAUCAAGGGCGAUAACGCCACCGCCGUCAUUCAGAUUGUUGUUUCCCUCGAUCCAGCUACCGAGUUGGCCCAGAAAUGGGUUCCAAUCUUGAAUGUUCUCUCCGAAAUGAAAGGAGUCUACCUCAAACUGUUCUUGAAUCCCAAGGAUUCGCUCCAGGAACUACCCGUCAAGCGAUUCUACCGCUAUGUGCUUAACUCUGAACCCAUGUUCGAUGAGAACGGUGACCUUAAAAGCCUAGCUGCCUCGUUCUUAGGCAUUCCUCAAGAUGCACUACUUAAUUUGGGCAUGGACGUUCCUCCCUCGUGGCUAGUUGCACCUGAAGAAUCAGUCCAUGAUCUUGACAACAUCAAGCUUAGACCGUUAGGAUAUCACGGCAUCAAAGCAGUCUACGGACUCGAAAGUAUCCUCAUUGAAGGUCACUCGCGCGAUGUAACGAAUGGUGGACAGCCUCCCCGAGGAGCGGAGCUUGUCCUCUCCACUGACAAGGACCCCCACUUCGCCGAUACCAUUAUCAUGGCUAAUCUGGGAUACUUCCAAUUCAAGGCCAACCCAGGGUUCUUCAAGAUCCAACUCAAGGGCGGUCGCAGCCAGGAGAUCUUCACAAUUGACAGUGCAGGACCUGCCGGCUGGGCUCCUGUCCCCGGCGAUGAAACCAGCGAGAUUGCCCUCAUGAGCUUCCAGGGUGCAACACUUUUCCCUCGCCUCUCUCGCAAACCUGGCCAGGAAGAAGCCGACGUGCUAGGUAGCGAGGAGAACGUAGCCGCCGAACUCGUCGAGAAGGGCACCCAGAAGGUCAACAAACUGCUCGGAAAGAUUGGUCUCGGAGGAUUCAACACCGACAAAGUGCAAAAGGCGUUAUCUAAGAAGUCCGCCGGCAGCGGCGUCGUACAGGCGGAAAUCAACAUCUUCUCCGUCGCCUCGGGCCAUCUCUACGAGCGCAUGUUAAACAUCAUGAUGCUCUCCGUGAUGAAGCACACCAAGCACACCGUCAAAUUCUGGUUCAUCGAGCAAUUCCUCUCCCCGUCCUUCAAAACCUUCCUCCCGGCCAUGGCCGCCGAAUACGGCUUCCAAUACGAAAUGGUAACCUACAAAUGGCCGCACUGGCUGCGCGGCCAGACGGAGAAGCAGCGCGAGAUCUGGGGCUACAAGAUCCUCUUCCUGGACGUCCUCUUCCCUCUCGAUCUCGACAAAGUCAUCUUCGUCGACGCCGACCAGAUCGUCCGCACCGACAUGUACGAGCUCGUGCAGCACGACCUUCAAGGCGCGCCCUAUGGCUUCACACCCAUGUGUGACUCCCGCACCGAGAUGGAGGGCUUCCGCUUCUGGAAGCAAGGCUACUGGGCCAACUUCCUGCGCGGCCUCCCCUACCACAUCUCCGCGCUCUACGUCGUCGACCUCAAGCGCUUCCGGCAGAUCGCCGCCGGCGACCGCCUCAGACAGCAGUACCACUCGCUGUCUGCGGACCCGAACUCCCUCUCCAACCUCGACCAGGAUCUGCCGAAUAAUAUGCAGUUCAACCUUCCCAUCCACAGCCUGCCGCAGGAGUGGCUCUGGUGCGAGACCUGGUGCUCCGAUGAGAGCCUCAAGGACGCGAAGACGAUCGAUCUCUGCAAUAAUCCGCAGACGAAGGAGCCCAAGCUCGAUCGCGCGAGGAGACAGGUCCCCGAGUGGACGACAUACGAUGAUGAGAUCGCGGCUCUAGCGAAACGGGUCAAGGGAGGUAAGAGCGAGAGUGAGAGCGAGAGUAGCGGCGAGAGUGAGGGUAAGAGUGGCAGCAAGGGGUCUGCAGGUAGUCACGGCGAGCCUCAGGCUUGGGGCGGAGAGCGAGUAAAGGACGAGCUCUGAAGACACCGAUGAUGAUGACAAAAUGAACUGAGAACCUCCCUUUAGAUAGAUAGACAAAGAGCGGAGCGGAGCGUGUAAACGAUCAAUAUGUAGUAGUAGCAGGUGGUUGCGGGCAGGCAAAGCUGUUGCAGUAUAGUACGAGUAGUAUACAGACAUAACAUGACACACAC